AAAGCAAAUAGAGGGGGAGAGAGAGAGAGAGAGAGAGAGAGAGAGAGAGAGAGAGAGGAGGAGGAGGAGGAAAAAAAAGAGAGCUCUCUAUAUAUUGGAAUGGUGGUGGGAGAGAUUUUGCAAAGGGAUAUAGCUAGAGAGAUUACACAAAAAAAAAAAAAAUUAAUAUCCAAAAGAGAAGAGAUCACAAGAAAUUCACAAGGAGGGAUCAUAGGGAUAUAGAUGAGGAUUUAACACUCAAUUUCCAAACCUUUUUUUGCUAUUUGCUUAUUAAUUAUCAGCACAAUUACAUACAGGAAAAGAAAAAAAAAGGGGGAAAAAGGGAGAAAAAAAAACUUUUGGAGUGAUAUGUGUGGAGAGGAUCAAGAAGAGGAUCAUCAACAACAACAUCAAGGAGAGUGUUCACAAACAAUUGAGAAUAUGUUUCAAGAACAACUUCUUCUCCACCAACAACAACUACAAAACAACGACGGCGACCAAAGCAACAACGAUCAUCAUAUGAUGUAUGGAGUAGAACAUCAUCAUCAUGGAAUUGGAAGAUCAGGGUCGUUAAUUUUUCCACCCGAAGUCAUGCCUCCGAUGCUGCAACCGUGGUCAUCGCUUAAUCCGUUUAUGAUCCCUCCACCACCACCGCCGCCGCUACCAACAUCAUUUUCAUGUUCAUCGUCGUCUUAUGGUAGUUUGUUUAACCGAAGGCCACCUAAUUGUCUUCAAUUUGCUUAUGAUGGUCCAUCUUCGGCUGACCAUCUAGGUCGAAUCAUAUCGACGACGCUAGGACCGGUGGUUCAUCCAGGUUCCACGGCUCCCUUUGGGCUACAAGCUGAGCUUGGGAAAAUGAGUGCUCAAGAAAUAAUGGAUGCUAAAGCUCUUGCAGCUUCUAAAAGCCAUAGUGAAGCUGAGAGGAGAAGAAGAGAAAGAAUCAACAACCAUCUUGCUAAGCUAAGGAGCAUACUCCCUAGUACCACUAAAACAGACAAAGCAUCAUUGUUAGCGGAAGUAAUAGAACACGUGAAAGAGCUAAAACGACAAACAUCAAUAAUAGCGGAAACAAGUCCAAUACCAACAGAAGUUGAUGAAGUAAGUGUAGAUGAUGCUUCAGAACAAGAGAUGAUGAUGAUAAGUAAUAAUGGAUCAAUAUCAUCAUCAGCCAAAUUUGUAAUAAAGGCUUCUCUUUGCUGUGAAGACCGUUCAGAUCUUCUUCCUGAUCUCAUCAAAACCCUCAAAUCUUUACGUUUAACAACACUCAAAGCUGAAAUUACAACACUUGGUGGUCGUUUAAGAAACGUUUUGUUCGUAACGGCUGACGAAGAACAACAACAACAGCAUAAUAUUACAUCUAUUAUUCAAGAUGCCCUUAAAGCUGUCAUUGAAAAAACUGCAGGGGAUCAUGAUUCUUCUUCAGCAAAUAUCAAAAGACAAAGGACCACCACUACAAAUAACAUUAAUAAUAAUAAUAAUAAUAUCCUUUAAAUUA